CAACCAGCCGCCACGCUUCCUCAACUACUUCUUCUCCACCUACCUGCUCAUCUACGAGGACAUGCCCGUCGGUUCCUCGGUGGCUCAGCUGAAGGCCACGGAUCCUGAAGGCGAGCCGCUGAUGUACGGCGUUUCAGGAGAAGAAGCCAUGAAGUAUUUCUCUGUGAACAAAGACACGGGGGUGGUGUGGCUCCGACAGCAGCUCGACAGAGAGGCCAAGUCAGAGAUGCAGGUGGAAUUCUACGUGAGCGACAUUCAGGAGGUGGUCAAAGACACGGUGAACAUCCAGAUUGGAGACGUGAACGACAACGCACCAAUCUUUCAUGGACAGCCGUAUACCGUCCACAUCCCAGAGAACACACCGGUGGGCAGGUCCGUGUUCAUGGUGAACGCCACAGAUCCGGAUCAGGGCACCGGGGGCAGCGUCCUCUUCUCCUUCCAGCCUCCGUCUCCGUUCUUCGCCAUCGACGGCGCCCGAGGCACCGUCACCGUCAUCAAGCUGCUGGACUACGAGAUGACAUCAGCGUACCAGCUCACUGUCAACGCCACGGAUCAGGACAAAGUGAGACCUCUGUCGCGGCUCGCUAACUUAGCGAUCAGCAUCACGGACGUGCAGGACAUGGACCCCGUCUUCACCCACCUGCCGUACAGCACCAACAUUGAGGAGCACAUCCCUCUGGGCUACGAGGUGAGGAAGAUAACAGCCAUUGACCAGGAUCUGGGCCGACCGAGAGGCAUCGGCUACACCAUCAUCUCAGGUAACACUAACAGCGUGUUCGUGUUGGACUACAUCAGCGGCUCUCUGACGGUGAACGGGCAGCUGGACAGAGAGAACCCGUUGUACUCUGCAGGAUUCACGCUCACCGUGAAGGCCACAGAGCUGAAGGACGAUCGGAGCCCGUCAGACGCCACAGUGAUGACCACCUUCACCAUCCUGCUCGUCGAUAAAAACGACAACGCUCCCAAGUUCAACAGCUCAGAGUACAGGGUGCGGAUCACCGAGCUGGCCCAGGUGGGCUUCGCUUUGCCGCUCUUCAUCCAGGCCGAGGACAAGGACGAGGUGAGAGGUCACGUGAUCACAGCUGGGACAGGUGAUGCCCCUCAGCAGCAUCAGUGUGAGGAGACCCAGAGUCUCUCUGAGAGUUCAGAAGGCGUGAACAGUAUGUUUCAGGUGUUUCUGACGGGUAACAACUCGGAGUACUUCACCAUCUCGCCCACGGCGGUGCAGGGCCGUGCAGACAUCAGGAUACGGGUGGCCACGCCCCUCGACUUUGAAAACAUCCGCAGCUACAGCUUCUCACUGUAUGCCAACGAGUCCAUGUCCGACCACGUGGGUUUUGCUCGAGUCUUCAUCGAGUUAAUCAACGAGAAUGAUAACCGCCCGAUCUUCAGCCGACCGCUCUACAACAUCAGCCUCCCCGAGAACACGCCGCCCGGGACAUCGCUGCUCAGGAUAAUGGCCACAGAUGGAGACGCAGGAACAUUUGGGGUCGUACGAUACUUCUUCAGUGACGAUCCAGACCAGUUUUCAUUGGACGAGGAGACGGGCUGGGUCAUCCUGCGUGGCGCUCUGGACUACGAGCUGAUGAGACGUUUUACGCUGACUGUGCUGGCGAGGGACGGCGGUGGCGAGGAGACGACAGGAAGGAUCCGUGUGAACGUUCUGGACGUGAAUGACAACCCUCCGCUCUUCCAGAAGGAGGCGUACGUGGGCUCUCUGAUGGAGAACGAGCAGGCGGUGCAGCAGGUGGCGAGGAUCAGGGCCACAGACGAUGAUUCUCCUCCCAAUAACUUCCUGACGUACUCCAUCACUUCAGCCUCCGCCUUCCCCAACCACUUCAGCAUCAUCAUGGUGGAGGGAUACGCAGUGAUCAGCGUGACCCGGCCUCUGGACUACGAGCAGGUUCCUAACGGGAUGAUCCACCUGACAGUGAUGGCGAGAGACGGAGGAAACCCCGCCCUCAACAGCACCGUAGCUGUCACUGUGGAGGUGAUUGAUGAAAACGAUAACCCACCUGAGUUCAGCCAGCCGUCCUACAUCGUCAAGAUCCCCGAGAACAUCAUCGCAGGAGCGACAGUGUUGUUGGUGAAUGCUUCUGAUUUGGACGCCUCUAGAGAGUUCGGUCAGGCGUCCCUCAUCUACUCGCUGGAGGGCUCAUCUCAGUUCAGACUCAACUCACGCUCAGGAGAGAUCACGACCACGGCCCUGCUGGACCGCGAGCUGAAGUCAGAGUUCAUCCUGAUCGUCCGAGCUGUGGAUGGAGGGGUGGGGCCUCAGCAGAAGACUGGCAUCGCCACGGUGAACAUCACUAUCCUGGACAUCAACGAUAACGCCCCCGUGUGGAGAGACGAGCCGUACCACACCAACGUGGUGGAGAUGAGUCCCAUCAACACAGAUGUCACCUCUGUGUUGGCUGUGGACCCUGAUAAUGGACUGAAUGGGACCGUGGUGUACAGCAUCAGUCCAGAGAACCCGUUCUACACCAUCACCAGCAGCACCGGAAAGAUCCGGACCAGCGGGGUCACCCUGGACCGGGAGAGCUCCAACCCCCAGAACGCGGCCCUGAUGAGGACAAUCGUGAUCUCAGCUGUGGACCGUGGAAGCCCUCCCCUGCGUGCGACAGCGAGCACCACAGUGUUUGUGAAUCUUCUGGAUCUGAACGAUAACGACCCGACCUUCAUCAACCUGCCGUCUGUGGCCGAGGUGCCCGAGGGUCUGCCCGUCGGAUCGUCCGUGUUUAAGGUCCAGGUGGAGGACCCUGACGAGGAUAAGAAUGGUCAGAUCACGUUGGCGUUGCAGGUGGGGAUGCCCCGCCUCGACUUCUACCUGAACACGUCCACAGGAGUCCUGACGUCCACGGCCGUGCUCGACCGCGAGCAGAUUGGACAGUAUCACCUGAGAAUUAUCGCCUUCGACGCUGGGAAGUUCCCCCGCACCUCCACCUCCACCCUCACCGUCACAGUGCUGGAUGUGAACGAUGAGACCCCCACCUUCAGCCCCUCCGUCUACAACGUGUCUUUGAAGGAGAGCGUCCCCAGAGAUCACGUGGUCGCUCGCCUCAGCUGCUCGGACGAUGACGCCGGCCUAAACGCCGAGCUCAGCUACUUCAUCACAGGAGGGAAUCAGGACGGUAAAUUCAGCGUGGGCUUCAGAGACGGGGUGGUUCGGACGGUGGUCGGUUUGGACAGAGAGACGCAGGCGGCGUACAUGCUGGUCGUGGAAGCUAUAGAUAACGGUCCUGCAGGCAGCAGGAGAACAGGAACAGCUACCGUCUCUGUGGAGGUUCAGGACGUGAACGACAACAGACCCAUCUUUCUCCAGAACAGCUACGAGACCAGCGUGCUGGAGAGUGUACCCCGAGGGACCAGCAUCCUGCAGGUUCAGGCUACAGAUGCAGAUCAGGGAGAGAACGGCAGACUGCUGUACCGGAUCCUGAGCGGUAACAGUAACAGUCUGUUCAGUAUCGACCGUCAGUCCGGUCUGCUGACUCGGGGUGUCAGGUCUCUGGACAGAGAGACCAGCAGCUCGCACGUGUUGGAGGUGGAGGCGUUCAACAGUGACGAAGGCAGCAUGAGGAGCUCCGUCAGGGUGAUCAUCUACGUGGACGAUGCUAACGACGAGGUUCCCGUCUUCACUCAGCAACAGUAUAACCGUCUGGGCCUCAGAGAGACGGCUGGUAUCGGCACAUCGGUGAUCGUGGUGCGAGCCACCGACCCGGACAGCGGUGAUGGAGGUGCCGUGGCAUACACCCUGGUUUCAGGUUCGGACAGGAAGUUCGAGGUGGACGUGAGCACGGGUCUGGUGACCACAGUGGAUUACCUGGACUACGAGACCAAGACGUCGUACCUGAUGAAUGUGUCGGCCACGGAUCAGGCCCCGCCCUUCCACCAGGGGUUCUGCACAGUGUAUGUGACUCUGCUUAACGAGCUGGACGAGGCUGUGGCAUUCUUCUCGGCCGGGUACGAGGCUUCUCUGAGGGAGAACAUUGCCACAGGAACCGAGGUGGUCCAGGUCCAGGCCCAGUCCGCAGACAACCUGAACCAGCUGACUUAUCGAUUCGACCCCGACACAUCGCCCGCUGCUCUGGCCCUGUUCAAGAUCGAUAGCGUCACGGUGAGGGGGGGUGGGAGGAGACAGUGA